GGUAUAUCACGUAAGUAUGCACAUUGUAAUGCAUGACUUUCAAGAUCUUGGCACCGAAGUUUUGUCAAGACGCAUAACCUGCGAUGUGAGUUCCGGAUCACAGCAUGUCAAACUUCUUGGAAGCGAUCACUCGAAGGCAGUGCGUCCUUCAGAUGCUAACCACCCUGAAGGUUUCAUCGCAUGGGGUAUGGUAUUCACGAUAUAUAAUCGUGAGAAUCAUGCCAAGGGCACUGUAUUUCAUGCACGUGCAGAUCUGACCCGUUGGACGAAACUUUGAUCAAAUCGGUAGUAUGCCAUCAAUGAUGCUGUUCUGCUCGUUCAAAUGAUGGCCAUGUUUCCCCAGCCUGGUUUGCUCAUCACCCUGUCUGAACAAUCGUCAAUUCGUUCCAAAUCCUAAUCUUCAUCGAUUAAUCGUGCCGCCAGUAUCUAUCUAUCAUUUAUCCAUCGCAUACUCUUGAACCAAAUCACAAUGCGCUCCCUCUCCUUCGUUUUCCUCGCCGUCUACUCCACCCUCUUUGCCUCUGCGGCAUCCACCUACUCCAAGCGCCAAUCGUACUUGCAACAAAAUGGCCCCGCUGCCGAGGCGUUGAACAACCAGUAUGCUUCCCUCACUGCAGACUCCCCUUGCACCGAGGGACAGGAUGCCUGUAUUCAAGGCCAAUUCGGUCACUGCUACCAAGGUCGCUACCUCACCUACAGCUGUCCCGACAACUGGGCAUGCGCUGCCAUCCCUAACGAAUGGUCCGUAGGAACCAGCACCACCUGCGAUUCCAUCAGCGACAUCAACUGGCGCAAUCAGCAGGCUGGCAUUUCUAAACGUGCCGUCGAGACCUUGCAAACUCGCGACAUCGCACAGCUCAAGGCCAAUGGCCCAGCUGCUAAGGUGUUGAACCAGCAGUAUGCUACGCUCACUACGAGCUCCAGUUGCAACGACGGAGACGUUGCUUGCGUGCAGGGCCAGUUCGCUCACUGCUACCAGAGCCGUUACCUCACCUACAGCUGCCCGACUGACUGGACUUGCCAGGCCCUUCCUAAUGAGCAUUCUAAUGGUACCACCACGACGUGCGACUACGGUCCAGAUGCUCAGUGGCGUCUCACGGAGGCAGGUGCUCUCUAAACUCUCCUUUGAUGUUUUAAGAUACCGAUUGUUGGACCCAUAUUCUGGAUAUUCGUAACGAUUCAACCUGGUGUUGAGAUAUGGAGUUUCUGAGAUUAAGAUCAUCACAAGUUCACGAGAUAUCAUACUUAAUUGUGGGUAGUAUUGCAGGAUGUCAUCUAGCUUAUUAGUAUUUGGGACACUUAAAUCGAAAUGGCGAAUGUUCUUGGCCUUGGCCACAGUAAUAUCUUUC